AUGAAAAAGCCAAUUGCCAAACUUGCUGUAAGCGCGUCCAACCGGGUGAUUUGGGUGGACAGACCGAAUAAACCCCAGCGGGCCAGGGGUACGAUGUGCAGCACUGCAGACUCAAGAGACUUGAGAAUCGAGGGGCGGAAGAGGAAGACGGGCUUGGAACUGUGGUGGGGUGUGGCCAAUCUGCCCACUUACACCCCACUGGGGGUUGGGCUGGGAUCCAUGGACCAGAGCAUGGGAUGGGAUGGGAUGGCAUGGGAUGGCAUGGCAUGGAGAAUGAAGAGGAAUGUCCCGUGUCGGGAGGCAUCUGCUAUGACCUUGGUACACUGCGUAUGA